GUUCUAGAACCAUCCUGAAUUCGCCAGAUCGUAGAACUCUCUAGACUCUCUUAUCGCUAUACGCUACUAUAAAAUCCAAUCCCCACCGGAGCAGAACUGAGUAUCGAUCGGAAUUGACAUUUCUCAUCGUUCGAAUUCUGUUUCGUUCGUAUUCUUGCUCGAAUCUCUGACCCCUCUUCCCUCUUCCACUCGUUGGAUUCACCGCCGAUUCCUCCCGCCAUGGAUGACGAUUUUGAGCUCCCAUCUGCAAGCAAUGUGGACGACGAAAUGGGCAUUCCGGGGGACGAAGCGGAGAGCGCGGUCCUGAAGGUUGGCGAAGAGAAGGAGAUUGGAAAGAACGGGCUGAAGAAGAAACUUGUCAAAGAAGGUGAAGGAUGGGAGACUCCCGACACUGGGGAUGAAGUCGAAGUGCAUUAUACGGGAACCCUUCUUGAUGGGACUCAGUUCGAUUCUAGCCGUGACCGAGGAACGCCUUUCAAGUUCAAGCUCGGCGAAGGGCAAGUGAUUAAGGGAUGGGAUGAAGGUAUCAAAACCAUGAAAAAGGGUGAAAAUGCAGUUUUUACGAUACCCCCUGAAUUGGCCUAUGGAGAGUCCGGCUCUCCUCCAACCAUUCCACCAAACGCGACACUUCAAUUUGAUGUUGAGCUACUUUCAUGGCACAGCGUCAAAGAUAUCUGUCAAGAUGGAGGAAUCUUAAAAAAGAUCCUUGUUAAAGGAGACGGCUGGGACAAACCGAAGGAUAUAGACGAAGUUUUGGUUAUCUAUGAGGCUCGUCUUGAAGAUGGUACAUUGAUCUCAAAGUCUGAUGGGGUCGAAUUUAAUGUCGAAAAGGGAUACUUGUGUCCUGCCUUGGCAACAUCUGUGAAGACAAUGAAGAAGGGAGAGAAAGUACUGUUGACUGUGAGGCCACGAUAUGCAUUUGGAGAGUCUGGCAGGCCUGCAGCUGGAGAGGAAGGUGCUGUGCCUCCUAACGCCACUCUUAAGAUAACCCUUGAGUUGGUUUCUUGGAAGGCUGUCAUUGACAUUACUAAGGAUAAGAAGGUCCUGAAGAAGACCCUGAAGGAGGGAGAAGGAUAUGAGCAGCCAAAUGAUGGAGCAGUGGUUCAAGUUAAACUCACUGGUAAACUGGCCGAUGGGACAAUUUUUACUAAGAAGGGUGAUGAUGAGAAGCCUUUUGAGUUCAAAGUCGACGAAGAACAAGUCAUUGAAGGUCUCGAUUUAGCUUUGAAAAAGAUGAAGAAAGGUGAAGUCGCCUUGGUGACCAUCCAUCCACAAUAUGCUUUUGGGUCUUCCGACUCAUCUCAAGAUCUAGCCGUGGUUCCUGCAAACUCAACUGUAUAUUACGAAGUUGAGCUGGUUUCAUUCGUCAAAGAAAAGGAGUCUUGGGACCUCAACACACCAGAGAAAAUUGAAGCAGCAGGGAAAAAGAAGGAAGAAGGAAAUGCUUUGUUCAAAGCUGGAAAAUAUGACAGAGCGUCAAGGAGAUAUGAAAAGGCUGUUGGCUACAUUGAAUAUGAUACUUCUUUCAGCGAUGAGGAGAAGCUACAGAGCAAGGCACUAAAAGUUUCAUGCAACCUCAACAAUGCUGCGUGCAAAUUGAAAGUUAAAGACUACAAGCAAGCAGAGAAGCUCUGUACUAAGGUGUUGGAACUCGACAGUAGGAAUGUGAAAGCUCUCUACAGAAGGGCUCAAGCAUACAUUCAACUUGUCGAUCUAGAUCUUGCCGAGCAGGAUAUCAAGAAAGCCCUCGAGAUUGAUCCAGAUAACAGGGAAGUGAAAAUGGAAUACAGACAGCUGAAGGCGAAGGUGAAAGAGUACAACAAGAAAGAUGCACAGUUUUACGGCAACAUUUUUGCAAAAAUGAACAAGUUGGAGCAGGCCAAGUCUGCUAACUCAUCUGGAAAUCAGGAGGCAGUGCCAAUGACUAUUGAUGGCAAAGCUUGAUGAUGGCCAAUACCAAUAGUUUGAAACUUAGCAUAAUGAAAUGUUGUGUGUCAUCUUUGGAGAUUUAGUUUGGAUCGGCUGUGUUCUUCUAUGCUUGGUUUUUGUUUUCGUUGAACUUCAAGUUCCUGGAUUCCUUAUGCCACUUUCUAGCUGAAACUAAAUGAGGUGCUAGUUGUUGUGGAUUGAGUAAAAUCCUAUUUCAAGUUUUAUACCUCGUAUUAUCACAUGCUUUAGGUUUGAA